AUGCUGGAAGGUAUGAGGCGUCUUAAGCCAGUCAGAGAUUCACGUCUUCCUAUAACUGUUGAGCUACUUCAGAAGUUGAUAGGGGUUGUAGGCAAAGUUUGUCGAUCUGACUACGAAGCUAUUCUUUUUAAAGCAGCAUUCUCACUAGCUUUUCAUGUCUUUUUGAUGGUUGGGGAAUUUACAACCGAUGCCCAGUCUUCUAAUCGAGCAUAUAAGUUUCUUAUAGGUAACAUCAGAAUAUGGAUCUUGGGCUCGUCCAUAGUUAAGCGUGGUUUCAUCCACGCCAGAGGUAGACCUGAUGGUAUCCAUUUGGGACUAGAUGACCUAGGGGCAUUUAUUUGGUGGCAGGGUCGGAGUGGCUUAUCCGUUACAAGAUUAUCAGCAACCUUCAACCACAUUAGAAAAUUUGAGGAUGACCCAAAUAUAUCUUGUAUGCCAGGACAAAAGAAUUACAGAUGUGCAUGCUGCAACAAGCAGACAAAACCAGAGGGAAGGCGUCACAUUAAUGGGGAGACCUACAAAUCGUACAGAGAGUACUUGAAUAUCACCAACAAUGAUGAAACUCUAACAACAUGUGGGAAAUGCUACAUAAAAUUCCGUAGAACAUCAGAUGAACAUUUACCAGUAGUUGGAGAGCCUGUUCAAGUGCCAGGCAACAUAUGUGAUGUUGACUAUAUUCCAAAAACUAAAAGACAAAAAGCAGAAGGUAUUGUGAGUCCUAAAAACAUUGCACUGCCAAUAGGAAGUACUGGUAAGAGCCACUCAACAUGCUGUGUAUGCAAGCGCCGGGGACAUAAACUUAUUGUGGUACCAUCUGAUUGCCGUUACAGGUUGUUUGUAGAGAAUGGAAAAUUACUAUUGGCGGGUGCAAGAUGCUGUAUAGGUCACCUUGAUGGUUUCUUUACUGAUCAUGCAUUAACAAACUACCUUGGAGAUUCUUUCAAAGGACAGGACCACUCAAACCUUAACAGGAGUGACAUUAUGGAACUGAUUAAUAAUGUAAGGUCAAUUGCCAUAAAUAAUCAAAAGUACAGAAUAGAUUUCAAUCAAGGUAGUUCACUACAAGAUUCGGAUUACCUAAGUCUGACAGGAAUCACAAAAGAGAACUGUGAUGAUGUUUGCUCACAUAUUAAAGACAGUAAUAUCAGAUCAACAAAGAACAGAACAAUGCGGACAUGUGUUGCCCUACUGUUAGUUAAACUACGUGCAGGUAUUUCAAACAAACUGCUGUCAACACUCUUUAACAUUGGGAAAUCUAGUGUACGACGAGCCAUUGUUUCGGCUAGGAAAGCAUUGUCUGAGCAUUUUACUAGGCACUUUGUAGGAUUCCAACAUAUUACUAGAAAUGAAGUGAUUAAGGAGCAUACCAGACCCUUGGCUCAGGAGCUUUUUGGCAGUAUUAUUAACAAGCCUGCAAUUCUUGUCUUGGAUGGAACAUACAUCUAUAUCCAAAAGUCUCACAACUUCAAAUUCCAGAGACGAUCAUACAGCAUGCAUAAGAAUAGACCCAUGGUGAAGCCCAUGAUGUAUGUAACUACCACUGGAUAUAUUGUUUCUGUUCUUGGACCCUACCUAGCAGAUUACAAGAACAACGAUGCCAAUAUCCUGAAACACAAUGUCAAAGGAAACAUGGAGAAUUUGACGGAGUGGAUAAAGGAAGAGGAUGUCAUGGUUGUUGACAGAGGGUUUAGGGAUUUCAUCGAUAUGCUGACAGAAAUGGGUAUCCACACCGAAAUGCCACGUUUCCUUUCAAGAGGUCAGAAACAGUUCACCACAGAGGAGGCUAAUUCAUCCCGUUUAGUCACCAAGAUUCGAUGGAUUGUGGAAUCUGUGAAUGGACGCAUCAAGCAGUGGAAAUUUCUCCAAAACAUUGUCCCCAACAAUCAGAUACCAUACAUUGGAGACUAUGUGCAGUUGAUUUGUGCAUUAUGCAACAGGUACCUUACACCACUAAAUAGAGGAGACUCGGAGGAGGAUCAACUGCUUGGUGCAAAGAUGAAGGUGCUGGCCAGCAAACAGAACGGUUUACAAGAGCGCGUCAUCAGUGAAAGGCUGGACAGACGAACAGGUGUGUGGGUCAAGCUUGAUGCCUCUGAAGUGGUACCACAGUUCCCGAAGUUGUCUGGGGAAGAUGUGCGAAACAUAACAUUUGGUGUGUACCAACUGAAACUGGCUCAAAGUUACACCCAGGAGCAUUUGACUGAUGAUGGAGAUUACAUCAUCAUGGCCAAUGGUGAUAUAUCCAACAUUGUUCGAGUGCAGAUUCAGAGUAGACAUAUAUCCUCGAAGAAGUACAUGCUCUGGAUCCAGUAUGAUGAGGCCUAUGUUACCAGCUGGUAUUGUCAGUGUCGGGCUGGAGCCAGAGUCCUUGGUACAUGUGCGCACGUCUCUUCUGUUAUCUGGUACUUGGGUUUUGCCAGACACCAACCUUCCAUAAGUGGAGUCAGGAAUUGGGCAGAUGCAUUGGAAGAUGCUGCACGCAUGCCAGUAGUAAUGGACGAGUCUGAUGGCGUUGAUGAAAGCAGUGAUUCGAGUGAGACAAUAGAAGAAUGAUUACAGGAUCUCACAUGAGUGUCAAUAUUCAAAAGGUUAAUUUAUUGAACUGGUUUAUGUGUACAAUUCUACUUCUCAUAGAACUUAUAUAUUCACAAGAAAAUACCUGUAAGAUCAAAUGUACCCAGUAUAAAACAGACAACAUUAUUCUAAAAUUGUCACUACAGAGACAAUCGGUUGAUGUGAUUAUUUAUGACAUACCUGGUGUUAUUGCACAUGUGUCAUAUGAUAUUUAUGGCAUGGCUAAUAUGUCAGUUAUGUGUUAUGUGUGUGUUUAACUUUUUUCAAAAAGUAAGUUACUGGUUCUUAAUUCUAACUUACUUCAACCAAUCAAUAAAAAUAUAAAAAAAAUAAA